AUGUAUAACGGCAUCGCCGCGAAGGCGAAGUCUACGACGAAGGGGGGCGAGCAUCCCUUCACAGCAGCACGCGUAGCCUUCCUUACCCGGUUCAAGUCUCUGGUGUGUAGCUCCUCAGUGAUGCGGAUGCCGUCAGUCGCACAGGUUCCGCCGCAUCCCCUGUUCUCUUCUUUCCCCGCCUCCACGUUGUUCCGUUUCCUUUCGAGCCUUUCUAUGGCACCUUGUGUGCCCACGUACGCGUCCCCCUCAGGCGAUGGGUUUGUGGCGAAAGCGAACCUGCUUGCGCGUGCACACACGUCAAGGCUUAACACAACAAAAAAAAGUAGAUACAGAGAACGAGAGAACACGCGUCAACCUCUCGUGAGGGCAACCGCGUCUCCAUCGAUCUCUGUGGUGAAGACUAGACCGACUGCGGCGGCGUUGAAGAUGCCGCUUUCAUCGGCAGCAAGACCAUCCUAUAGUGCGAGCUUAUCUUCGCAGCGGCUCCUUCGUAAUGCGGGGAUCUGUUCCACCGCCACUAGUGCUCUCACGUGCUGCCGCCAAGUUCACAUUGGGCACUCCACUGACGUGCACCGGUGGCGCAACCCAGAGAAGGAGGAGGUGCAGCGGCAUUUCCGCGGUGGGGUGAAACUGGGAAGUCACAUAGCCAAGGUUCGCGAGCAGCAGGCAAAGGAGAGGGAGCUCAUUGAGCAGGACAAGUUCACGGACUGGCGCCUGGUCUACAACUAUGCCAUCGGCGCGGCUCUGCUGCUUAUUGGACUGAACGCGAUGCUGGCCUUUGUGGAGCCAAAUCCAUCACCCGAGUACGUCCCCUACACGGAACCAGGGGUGCCGGCGUCCAACGCCAGCGAUACGAUGGCAGACUCGAUCCAGGCGCCGUUGAGUGAGGUGAGACCCGCGAGACGCAUUUGA